AUGGCUGAUGAUGUCAUGCAUGGCAUGGAGAACAUGAAGUUGACUACGGAGGAGGAGGAGGAGGAGGUGAUUUCCAUCUCUGACGAAGGACGGUUGGAAGCCAUUGAGGAAUGCACCCUCAAUUUGAUGGGUAAGUUUUUGACAUGCAAAUCUUUUAACAAGCAAGCCGCAAAGAAUACUAUGAGAAGGGCUUGGGGUUUAGAGGACAGUCUACGUAUCACAGAGGUAGGGCCAAAUUUGUUUCAGUUUAAAUUCACAUCUGAAUUUGAUCUGAAUAGAGUCUUUAGAGGCGGCCCGUGGACUUUUGAUAACCAAUUACUAUUGCUUAAGCGAUGGAGGAGAGGCAUGACUGUUGAGAAUACAAGCAUGGAGACGGCAUCUCUUUGGAUUCAGAUAUGGGGGGCGCCGCUAGACAUGUUUACAUCACAAGUUGCUAAGGAGGUGGGGAGUAGACUUGGGGCUGUUGAGGAAGUUGAAUAG